CUCACCAUCUUCUCUUCGGAAGAAAGAGUGUGUGUGUGUGUGUGAGAGAGAGAGAGAGAGAUGGCUGCUUGGUGUCUCUCCUGUGCGGCCGCAAUCCCUUCCACCGCUCCUUCAACGUCUACAUCUCCUCUCUCUUCCGUCUCUGUUGGCGCUCAUCCUGGUGGAGUCGCCCCUUUCAACUCCGCCUUUCUCCCCCCUUUCUUCCGCGGGCUUCGUUACCGAGUCGCUGUUUCCUUCGCACACCGCAGUGGCCCCGCCAUCUGUAUGGCUCCCGAGGAAGAGAAGAUGACGCGCCGGUCUCCGCUCGAUUUCCCCAUCGAGUGGGAGAGGCCAAAGCCGGGUAGAAGACCUGAUAUCUUCCCGCAGUUUAGUCCUAUGAGAACACCAUUGCCCACACCCAUGCCAGCUGAUCCUCCUGAAGAAGAUGAGGAAGAAGAAGAAAAGAAAGAGGAAGAAGAGGAGGAUCCAGAAAAGGAAGAACCCGAGAAACCAGAAAACGAGUGAUCGCAAAGGGCGAAAAGUUGAAGUAUGCACGGUUGUAGAAACAUGAUUGAAGCUGUUGGUAGUAGACCUUUGCUCUUCCUGCUUGAGGCCCUGUCUUGCCUUGGUCGGAAGUUGCGACUUCCUCGACUACCUUUGGUUGUUGGCGAGUGUAACUAUGCAUUUGUCAUGUUAUUCCUAGCAGCUUGAUCAUUUUUUGUAGUGUGUAGAAUUAUCGGGAUAGGAUAUAUCAUCAAAUAAUGUGAGGACAAGUUCUCCGCUUUGGGCAUGCUCAGUGAAAGACAAAUUUUCUUAUUUUCCGUUUCAAUGAGAUAUCAUAUUUUUCUUUA